CGGUUUUUGUCCUUCAUCAUCAUUCGUGUGCUCACAGUUUUUCUUCAAGUGUGUACCGGUUAAUUUAAAAUAUAUUUCUUCUGUUAUAUAAGUUGUUAUCGUCAUUGAAUUCUGUAAGUGUGAUAGUGUGUUCGGAAAAUGUUUAAUACGAAAUUAGAAGUGGACCGGCACGUCGAAAACUGCCUACGGAAGAUAAACACUGAGUUGGAGAGAAACCUAAGAUGCUUUGCCUUUGCCAAGCUUUAUUACAAGGUGGGCGAUUACAACAGUGCUCAACGAUACAUAAGCAGUUACCUAAAUGUGAAAAGCUCUUCUUCAGAAGGGCAACAAUUGUUGGGAAAAAUCCUUGAAAAGCUUGGUAAGAAGGUUGAAGCCCUUAAUGCAUAUAAGACAAGUUUAGACAUUGACCCAAAGCAGAAUAGUUUAGUACUUAAAGUUUGUGAAUUGAUGGCCAGUGAUGAUGUUAAUUUGGAUCAGACUGGUGCAAAGUACUUCUGUGAAUUAGCACAGAGUUUUGACCCAUAUAACCCAGUACUGUUUCAAUUAAAAGCCAGAUUAGUAGCUCUAGAGAGUAAAGAUCCCAAUGAAGUUACACAGUUGCUAUUAAAGGAGCUAGAGGCACGUCCCUUAGAUGUUGACAUUAGAGUGAGGCUGCUCAGGCAUUUAUUGCAACAUAAGCAAAUCAAAGAAGCUUACAAUCAUGCUUAUGAUAUAGAGAAAAAAUAUUUAUCAAUAUUCCUGAAUAGUUUGAAUUGGUAUGAAACAUUAGCUGAGGUUCUGGUAUGUUACCAGAGGGAAAACUCUAUUGGUAACACAUUAACUUGGGAAUACUGGAUGCUCUUGAUCUCCGUCCUUGAUAAGUUGGUAUCUCUUAGUUUAGACGAAAGGUCCAUUUCUAUAAAAAAUAACACUGAAUUUGUGACAGCCGUCUUAAAUUUUGACCAGAACCUUCGAAUAGCCGUCGAUAAAAUCAAGUCUUGUCCGGAGAAACAGUUGAUAGCUGAAUUCAUAAACCACUACAGCGGUCAGUUAUGCUUACAUUUUAUAACUUUGUUAUUCAAAUAUGCGCGAAAGGAUUUAAUAAAAUACAAGGAGGCUAUGCAAAUCAGUAUGCCUUUGUUGUUUGCUGCCUACAGCUUUAAGCCAUCAGACUUGGAGAGCAUUUGGUUCCAACAUGCGACAGAAGGUUACAAGCAACAAGUACAGAGGUGGCACAAAGAAGGAGCUUUUCGAUGCUCCCAAGUUGGUCAUAUGAUUAUGUCCAGUGACAGAAGGAAUUCUGUUUUGGAGCGUGCAAAACAAGGUGCGACGGGACUAUGGCGCGAGCACGCAUUCAAAAAGAUUUUUGUAACAAGAGAUCACCAAUUAAAACUAAAAACAAGUUUUUUUACAUGUUCUGAACAGUUUGUGGACUUUUCAAUACAGCUACCAGAUAACAAUGAGUUAUUGAAGUACGAUAAUGUUGCACAGCUGGUAUUUCCUGGCUCACUGCACCACUACAUCUGGAUAGGACUGAACCAAGAGCUGGCCCAAUUCAAUUGUUCCGCUUUCAAUGGAUUGAACUACUCUGUUAAGAAUUUGAACAAUUGCGCGGCGGAAUCUCUGAAUGUCUUGGACAUACAAUCUUUUAUAUACUGCUCAGUUCUUUGCGCGCAGGCACAGAUUGAAGAAAAUAAGCAUACGAUUUACUAUAAUAUGGAGAAGCCCAAUGUGUUACCGGUAUCAGUAAUGAGUAUGCUUGGGACUGCUAAUCAGGACAAGUGGUUGAAGUGCGCUUACAAGAUGUUCUCAACCAAUCAGUACAAUUCCGAUUUGGGUGAUGUUCGGUUGACAUUGAUUCGUGGGAUAGAAGUUGUUCGGUGUAUUGGAAAUCACGGAUUGGAUGUCAAACUAUUGAUUUGCUUGGCAAAGAUUUUCGAAGAACGAGCCCAGAAGUUGUCCAAACAAUCUGAAAUAGAGUUUAAUGAUGCGCGUGCAGAAUUAUAUUGGAAAGCGGCAUUACCGCUUUUGGAAAAAUUGAAGCGGAAUCAAGCGGUCUCGUAUUCUACAAACAGACUGUUCGAAUAUAAGAUCAAAGAAUUGACUCAAACUGAAAUACCGUUGAAUAUUGAAGCUGCAAAACUAUUUAUGGCAACUCAACUGAUGAAGCGUAAAGACUACGAAAAAGCACUGCAGAUAUUUGAAACUUUAAAAGACCCGUACGCUAGUUUCCACCAGAGUCAGAUUUACAAGUCGUUGGCUGAGAAGGAAACAAAUCUUAACAAAGAAAACGUUACGUCUGAGAUGCGCAGUCAACAGAUUAUUUUGUUAACAAAAGCACGCGAUUAUUUGUAUUUGACUUUGGAUAGGUUACGUAAUCCGAACAUAAAUAAAAAGCAUCCUCUCAAUAGUAAGUUGGGAACAGAAAUCGAGAAGAUUGAACGUCUGCUCUCCCGAAUUGAUCCAGACACCUGUCUUAAUAGAAAUGAUGAGUGCGAUGAAAUGUCCGAUGAGAAUGUGUCGUCAUACGGCAGUGAACAGCACUACAAUCAUAGCUAUACAAACGGAAUGUUCAUUCCUCGUCACGACAACACCAACAUGCACUCUACUCCAUUUAGGGACAAUACCAGAAGAGAAGCUCGACCCAGCCCUGAACGUCUUGACGCCCAGCUAAGACAGUUAGCCGCUUCUAAAGAUGCUGCUAUAAAUCACAUACUGGAUCAGAAUAAGAUCAUGGUCGAAUCACAGAAGAAUUUAGUCGACGAGCUAAAAUCAUUUCGUGAGGCAGUGUCUGCCUUGACGAUUACCGUAAACGACUUGAAACAUAUUAGAAGCAGCGCCGAGGACAUCAAACAUAUAAAAGUAUCUGUCAAUGAAUUAAAGGCAUCUGUUGAUGAGUUGCAGAACUUCAAGAGCGUCACCGAUUUGGUGUAUGAGAUGCGCAAAGAGAUAUCUGAACUGAAGAAGGAUACAAAUAAAAUUAAGUCUAAUCAGUUGAGCGACGAGGAUCUGUACGUGCUAGAUGAGGAGUACAGAACCGAAUAUGGCAGCACGAGCACGAAUGUUUCGAGCCUUGCAUCGUCAAUUUAUCCAAACUUGGGAAGAAUGGCUCCACCAAAUUCUUCUUGCCCCAACCCGACAAUGUCUUACAGCAAUACAGGUUAUUAUCCACCAAUGUACUCCAUGUACCCAUAUAAUUGCGGCCUUCCACAAGCCGGCGCAUUGCCAUUCGGCGCUGAGUCCCAAUUAUCCCCUGACAUGAGGGCGGUUGCUAUGAAUGUAGCCCAAUCUGGAAUGAAUCCUGCCGUUGUGGCAGCCGCGGCCGCUGCUUAUCAGCAUGCACCAUUGCAUUCGCAGGCCGCAGCUCCACCAAUAACAUUCCCUCCAACGCCUUUACAGCAACUGCACAAUCAAGUGCUGCCACAAAUCUUCAAGGAAACUCCCAUUAAUCCACCUGUCACCAACACGAGUGCAGCAAACAAAGCAGCUCCGGUUAAUGUCGUCAUAACUUCCUCGGAUCCUUUACCAACUAUCAAAACGUCGAGUCCUCAGAUAUUUUCGGUAACUAUUCCACCACAGCAUCUAAAAGGAAAUCAACAGAAGGCCCACAAUUACCAAAUUCAAUUGCCCGCCUCGACAACUACUAUUGCUACAACGCCAUCAAUACUGAGCCAAUCGCCUAUGCCGGUCUCCACGCAAUCAUUACUUUCGAAUGUGGCUCCUCCAGUUUUCUCAGCUCUUCCAGACAAGUCACCUAACAAGAACGCAAGUCUAGGAUUCCAAAUAGAGAAAAGUUUGGCACUCAGCUUUAACAAGUCUGCAAAUGAUACCAUUCUGAAUCGUAGCAAUGUUUCCACCUCAUCGCAGGAAGAACAUGAUCCGUGUCCCGAUUUCAAACCGAUAAUUCCAUUGCCCGACGAAGUACCAGUGAAUACAGGCGAAGAGAAUGAGGAAGUGCUAUUCCGCGAACGUGGAAAACUCUUCAGAUAUGUAGAGAAAGAAUGGAAGGAGCGUGGCGUCGGCGAAUUGAAGUUGCUGAAAAAUCCGGAAAGUGGCAAGAUUAGAUUUUUGAUGAGACGCGAUCAAGUUCAUAAAAUAUGUGCCAAUCAUUAUUUGACGGAGGACAUGACUAUCAAACAAAUGAGCAAGAAUGAGCAGGCCUACAUUUGGGCUGCAAAUGAUUUCUCUGAAGGAGAAAUUGUUCUCGAGAAAUUCUGUGUCCAAUUCAAGACACCUGAAUUAGCUAAAAACUUUUUUAAGGAAUUCGAAAAUGCUAAGCAGUUAAUUGCAAAGAAGGUGGAAAAUAAACCUGCAGAUUUGGGUGGAUUUAAGUUCACUUCAACGCCUGCAUUCAAGCCUAAUAAAGAGAAUCCUGUGGUGACAAGUACCGUUUCGCAAGCUGAUGACAAAAAAACAGCUAGCCCCUUUGCGGCGUUUUCAUUCACAAAAGACAAGCCAACAGAUUCAAUGAAGACUUUCAAAUUUGAAAGCAACAAAAGUAAAUUUACUUUCACUAAAGAAACACCAACCAAACAAGAUAAGAGCGUCACAGAUAGUCCGAUGUUUUCAGUAUCGUUGGUUAAGAACGUUCAGAAUGAAACCAAAUUAAUUAAAGAAAAUGCCAAUACCUCUUCUAUAUUUGGUAACACUUCCAGUACAUUUACUCCUGUAAAGCAAAUGGAUCAACAACCUGCAGACAAUGAUGAAGGCAGCGCUGAAGAUUUUGUGCCAACUGUCGAAUUCCAGCCGGUCAUUCCGCUACCCGAUUUAGUCGAAGUAAAAACUGGGGAGGAAGAUGCUGACGUUUUAUUCGAAUCUAAAGCCAAAUUACUGCGGUUUGAUUCUGACACUAAAGAAUGGAAGGAACGAGGUGUUGGACAAAUGAAGAUCUUGAAAGAAAAAACGAUUCGCCUAGUGAUGCGACGCGAACAAGUGCACAAAGUUUGUUGUAAUCAUCAAUUGCUGAAGGACAUGGAAUUUAAAACUAUGAAGGGAAGUUCCAAGGCGGUCAGCUGGUGUGCCAACGAUUUCUCCGAGGGCGUUUUCAAUAUUGAAAUGCUGGCAAUACGUUUCAAAACCGAAGACAUAACUACUAGGUUCUUGUCAGUAUUGAAUGAGGCAAAGGAAAUGUUGGACGACAGCAACGGAGUCAGACUAACGGAUGAUGAUAAAGCUGGCAAAGCAGCCAAGCAAUCAGAGGAGAAAGUUAAAACUACAGGAUUUGGCGAUAAGUUCAAACCCAAAACUGGCACUUGGGAGUGCAAAAAUUGCUACAUUGUGAAUGAGCAGAAGAUCAAUCAUUGCAUGGCAUGUGAGACACCCAAGAAUGAUACUGUAUCUAAAAAACAAACCGAUAGCAGUCAGUUCUGUUUCGGUAUCGGUGCCAAUACUACUGGAUUUGGCGACGCAUUUAAACCGAAAACCGGCAGCUGGGAAUGCAAAUCUUGUUAUACCAGGAACGAUUCUACGAAAACGAAAUGCGCGUCAUGUGAAAUACCAAAGGAAGGACCAUCAGACUCUGGUAACACGGGCAGUACUUUCAAGUCUGCUGUCGAUCUGAGCACGGGUGGAUUAAGUUUCAGUUUCGGUAUGCCAUCGGCCACACAACAGACAGUAGCAAAACCAUUGGUGACCAAAGGCUUCGGUGAUGCAUUUAAACCUAAGGCGGGCAGCUGGGAAUGUAAGGAGUGCUACACCAUAUCUGAGGGCAACUAUUGUCUCUCGUGCGAGUGUCCAAAGGACGACACAAUACCAGCUAAGGAGAAAACCACGAAGAGCGUAAGUUUGGAUACUGGCGGACUUAAAUUCAAUUUUGGUAUCCAACCAACUGAAGCAACAACAACGGGUACGACUACUGAUCCUCUCUUGGAUAACAACAAAGGAUUCCAAUUUAAAGUAUCUACUUCAAAUACGAAGCAGGCAAACACCACAGAAGAAAUUGUAUUUGGAUCGCCGCAUAAGGCAGGAUUCGAUUUUACACCACGAUCGCCGCGUCGUCAAAGCUCCGGUCCUGGCCAAGAAGAAGAAUCAGAAAAUAGUUACUACGAGGAUGAAGAAGAUAAUAUAUAUUUUAAACCGGUAAUUCCCCUGCCAGAUAAAGUGGAAGUUACCACUGGAGAGGAAGCAGAAGAUGUCUUGUAUUGCCACAGGGCAAAAUUGUUCAGACAUGUUGACCAUGAAUGGAAAGAACGAGGAAUUGGAGAUUUAAAGAUAUUGUAUAACGCCAAGGAAAAUAAAUUAAGAGUUUUGAUGCGUCGCGAGCAGAUACAUAAGAUUUGCUUGAAUCACAUCCUUACUGAUAGCAUCGCAUAUACCUCAAAGGACGACAAAACAUGGUUAUUUAGUGUCGCCGAUUAUUCAGAAGGCUCAUAUGAGUACCAGAAUUUCUGUUUGCGUUUCAAGACCGCAGAAAUCGCGAAGCAGUUCAAACAAGCUGUGGAUGAGGCUCUGAAGAAGUCGUCUCACGGGGAUGAAGAUGAAGCAGAUGAUGAAGUUGAGUUUGUGUGCGAGACUUCGGUUACAGCUGAAGAAGAGGCGGAGGCGCUGAAACUCGGGCUACCGCCCAAAUUCAUGUCCUACAGACAAUUACCAGACUGCGAAUGUUCGCAAUGCAAGGAAGAUGACGAUAUUUUUAAUACCACCCCCUUGAAAGACAAGAAUACAACAGAAUUCAGCACACCGAACUCAACCUAUUUUGGAACCCCAUCUGGAGACAACAACAGCUUUACGACAAUUGCCAAGCCAGAAAAACAAGGAUCAACUUUGAAAGAUUUACUCUCCAAGCCAACUAUUUUUGGAAGCAGUGUAUUUGCUGCUAAGACCAAUGUAACCACUUCAACUAGUUCCGGCAUGUUUGGUGUUUCUGAUGAGAAUAUCAAGUCGUCACCAGCUAAAGUCUUUGGAGGCUUUAGCAUGAACACAACCACUGCACCAUCAUCUAAUGUUUUUGGAACAACCACAGGAAAUAUGUUCAGUUCGACUAAAACAGGAUCCACAACUAUUUUCAGCGGUAGUCCAGCUACAACAUUAACAAAUGUAUUCGGCACCGGUUCUGUAGAGAAAACAACGUCCACUGUCUUCGGGGCAACUACUACCACGGGCAACAUUUUUGGAGGUAGCGCUAUUUUUGGAUCCGCUGCUCCACCUCCAACAACGUUCAGUGGUGAAAAGGUUUUUGGUAAUAUUGCACAAUCAACAACUGCAAAGAAUGUAAUUGGCAAUGGAACGGCUCCGACUAGCGGAAUCACAUUUGGAACGCCUACUACUUCGACUAUGACAGGAAACCUUUUUGGAACACCCUCCACAGCCACUGGAAGCAUAUUUGGAGGCAGUACCAAUAAUGUCUUUGGCGAUAAAAAUACAAGUACCCCGAUCACCACUGCUACCGGAAGCAUCUUUGGUGGUUUUGGUUCGACGUCAGCACCUCCAACUACGACAAAUGUAUUUGGCACUCCGUCAUCUACAUCAACUGCGUCUGUCUUUGGUAGUAGUGCAGUUUUUAAUACGAGUACCUCCGUUUUUGGAACACCUCCGCAGACGACUGCCUCCUUCAGCGGCAAUAUUUUCGAAACAAAUACAGCUUCUCCAGCCACUAAAAGUAUCUUCGCCGGUGAUAACAGUACUAAACUAAGUUUUACAUCAAUCAUCAAUGAAGCUCCAAGCGCUGCUCCAAAAACAGAGCUGUUAUUCUCUACAAUGAUUGGCGAUAAGAAUACAGCUGCUUUUGUUACAUCUGGCAAUGUGGAAAACCCUUUCGCAAGUAUCGGCGCCGGAACUCAAGUUUUCGCGUCGCAGAAGAAGCCGCCGACUCAGAACAAAAAUGUAGCGGAAGAAACAAAUGAUGAUGAAGGCGCAGAAGGAGAGGAGUAUGAUCCCUACUAUGCGCCAAUUGUACCGUUACCAGACGCAAUCGUAGUUACCACGGGCGAAGAAAAUGAAGAAGUUCUCUUUACACACAAAGGCAAAUUAUAUCGAUUCGAUAAUAAAGAGUGGAAAGAGAGAGGAGUGGGUGAUGUCAAAGUACUACAUAACCCAGAGACACGUACUUAUCGAUUAUUGUUGAGGCGUGAAGUUGUUCACAAAAUCGUUUUGAAUCAGCGGAUUACUUCCAACUUAGAUAUGCAGCUGUUCAGCAAAUCUGCAAAUACGUGGAUGUGGGCCGGUUAUAAUUUCUGCGACAAUGAAAUGCUAUCAGAGAAGCUAGCAGUGAGGUUUAAAGACGAAAAGACAUGCACUCGAUUUUACGAAACAGUCCAAAAGGCUAUAGAGGAAGUGAGAAAAGUCGAAAGCAAUGCUUCGGACUUCCCAACUACUAUCGAAAAUAUAAGCGAAGUAGACAAUGACGAGGUGGAUGAAGAGGAGGCGGAGGAUGAAGAAGAAGUGGAUGAGGAAGAAGAUGAGGAGGAUGGCCGAAGAGUGUUGUUCGCAAAGGAGUGCGCUCUGAGUGAGAAACUUCCAUCUGGAGAAUGGGUCGAGUUAUCUUCUGUGGUUCAUCUAGAAAUAAUUUAUGACCCAGAAAGAUGGAUUUCCAGGAUUAUAGCAGUUGAUGAUACCGGAUGCAUUCACACCAAUAGUGUUAUUAAAUAUACUGAGAGCUCAAUGAGAAUGGAACCUGACGAAAACGGUGUGAUAUGCAAUUGGACAAGCCUGGAUUCUGACGGCGAGAAUAUGAUCAAGAGAAAUCUGAGGGCCACCUUUGAUUCAAAUGAUAGUGCUACAGAUUGUUAUUGCGCUUUUGAGGAGACUUUCUCUUACGUCCACGAAGAAUAAGUUUAAUUAUAUUAAAUAUCCAUUACAUUCAUUUAUUACACUUUAUUUAAGAUUCAA